UGGCGGACGCGCCCUCCAAGAUGGCGGCGGGGCUGAGGCCGGGCUGCGCGCUGCUCUCCCGCCGCCGCGGGGCUCUCUGCGCGCUACUCUGCGCCGCCCGGGGGCUGGCAGCCCGGCCGGAGACACAUUUCGGCUUCCAGAACGUGACGGAGGCGGAGCGGAGGGAGAAAAUUUACCAGGUGUUUGAAAACGUGGCCGAGAAAUACGAUGUAAUGAAUGACUCGAUGUCCCUGGGGAUCCAUCGGGUGUGGAAGGACAUCCUCGUGCACAAAAUGAAUCCUUCCCCAGGAACGCUCCUUGUGGAUGUUGCUGGUGGAACAGGUGACAUUGCCUUUCGAUUCCUUAAUUACGUUCGUUCCGUACGAGAACGCCAGCUCCAGCAGAAGCUUAAGCACCACCAGAAUUUGUCGUGGCAGGAAAUUUCUAAGAGUUACCAGGAGGAAAAAAAUAAUCCACUGGGGGAUUCCCAGGUUGUGGUUUGUGACAUUAACAAAGAAAUGUUAAAAGCUGGGAAGCAGAAAGCACAGCAUCUUGGCUACUCUGAAGGUUUGUCCUGGGUGCUUGGGAAUGCUGAAGAGCUGCCCUUCGAUGAUGACAAGUUUGAUGUUUACACAAUUGCCUUUGGAAUAAGAAAUGUCACUCGCAUUGAUUUGGCACUUCAGGAGGCCUAUCGUGUGCUGAAGCCAGGAGGGAGAUUUCUCUGCCUUGAAUUUAGUCAUGUCAGCAACCCUCUUCUUUCCAGGCUCUAUGAUCUGUACAGCUUCCAGGUCAUCCCUGUUCUGGGUGAGGUUAUUGCUGGUGACUGGAAGUCUUACCAGUAUCUUGUGGAGAGCAUCCGGCGCUUCCCCCCCCAGGAGGAGCUGAAGGCAAUGAUAGAAGAUGCAGGGUUUUUAAAAGUGGAUUAUCAGAACUUGAACUCCGGCAUUGUUGCCAUUCACUCAGGUUUCAAACUGUGAGUCUGCUAUGUAGUGAAACACAGCAAGUGUGAUUUUCCUCAGGGAUCUGAAAGCCCUGGAACUGUAACGAGUGCAGCAGGUAUUUGCCCAGCAGUCAGAUGCAGAAGGACAUCGGUCGCUUUUUUUCCCUCGAGACCUGAGGGUGAAGUGAAUUCUGUGGCCAGUUUCUUACCCUUGAAUUUCCCUUCCAAGUGCAUAGAGAAUGUGGACAAAACUGAGCAGUGCCAAUGAAUGGGGCGGCUUCAGUCACACCUGCUGUGGAUACAGACUGUCUAGUCUUCAAAUAAGAUUCCUCCUUUCUCUUACUGAGGUUCAAGGAGGCUACUGUAGCAACGAGAAGUAACUUGGAUUUAUUAAAUCUGUAUUAAGCUCUGAUUGUCUUUCAGCCAUAUGGACCUUAAUGGACUUUUCUGUGUUCUUCUGACUUCUUUCAAACAAAUGAAAAGCUUGUAGAAUAAAACAGCUCUCCAUCAA